AGUCGUAUUUUCAAUUUUCAUCUUCUUCUUCUCAACUUUUUAUCUCAUAAUAUUUUUGAACAAUUCGUCGACUCUCACAGAGUACUUUAUAUACAAAGGUGGUUCUAGAUGAUUAAAAAAAUGACAACUGUUUAUUUACAAUAAAGUGUUUAUUGAAAAGAGAUAAAAACGCUAAUAUGCUUAGACCUGAAUGUUCGUGGUUAAUGAGUAUGGGAUUAUUUUGAUUAGAAGAGGUCACCCAUUUAUGGCAAUCUAUUUGUUGAUGUAAUGGGGUGCUUACACAGCAAGAAAGAAACUUCAGAUUUGCAUCCUAAUGUGUUUCGUGUUGUAAAUAUAGAUGAGAGUGGUGCAGACUUAUGUUCUGGGCAAUUAGAGAUUACAGAGUCUGAUAUAAUAUUGUAUAGAGAAGGAAGAGACUCUACUAUAUGGCCUUUACACUCAUUAAGAAGAUAUGGAUUCGAAGGGGAUAUAUUUAGUUUUGAAUCAGGAAGAAGAUGUGAGACGGGAGAAGGCAUAUAUGCAUUCAGAUGUCGAAGAGCUUCCCUUCUAUUUAGAACACUUCAACAACAAAUACAAUUAAGGAAUGUUAUUCAUGACUCUGUACCGUAUCCUGUAUCCCGUUUGACGCCAUCACCUCAGGGCAGGCAAACAUUGCAGGCAAGUGUUGUCCAUCGCUCAUCUAUAGAUAAUGGCCAGCCAGACAAUGUGCGCCCUGCUGUUAACAACAACAUCCCAAAUAUCAUAUCAAACACAGUAGUUCCACGUAAUGUGACCCAGUCACCUAGAUCUCCAUCGAGUGCAGAUAUUUUAGAGGUUAUGCCUCUAUAUCCCCGUUCACAAUCCAGUACCAAUCAAGUCACUAAUGUCUACCAGUUAAGAGAUUUUAAGAGAGAACCCAAUAAUAACCAAGGUGAGGUGCCUGAAAAUCGUGCAGCAGAAAUUCGUCAUGUUUACUCCAAUGAUAUAAAUAGAGAUUUAGCUAUCCUACGUAAUACCUUGCGACAAGAGACAGCUUUGAAUACCAUGAGAGACAUAGAAGAUGAGACUAGAUUCCUUGAAAGUAGAUAUUUGAAUGAUAAUAUAUCACAUAAACAAGUAAACAGUCCCUUGUCACCAACAUUGAGUAACUCGAGUGAACACUAUGCACAGUUGAGCCUAGAGCAACAGGAACAGCAAGAUCAACAGCAGCAGCAGCAGCAGCAACAACAACCACCACCACAGGUACAACAGGACUCUGCGCGACUGUAUAUGAACAUUGUACCUAAUGAUGCCAGCUAUCCAGACGCCAGUAAAAGCGACACAGUUCCGACCACUCCUCUGACGCCGAAACAAGUCGAAUAUUGCAACUUAAGUGUUGGCAACAAACCAGAAAUAAACACAUAUGCAAAUUUAUCGCUCGGCGAUUUGGGAGACAAUGUGAAAAACGCUAAACAAAUAUUAAGUUUUUCUGCUCCUACUGAACACAAUCAGAAGUUUUCAGAGUCUGAUACUUUUACAUCAAUGUCACCUGUCGAGGAGUUGGAAGUGAACUACGCAAUAUUAGAUAUAGAUUCUAAUAAAGACAUUGUCAAAAUGACACGAGAUUUAACUUCUCCUGAGAGUCAGUCCUACAACAGUUCUAAAAACGAAAGUGUGGCUUCGUGUUCGUCGCAGCCUCGGGGACGCCUCGUGUCGCAGUGCAGUGUGGAGAAAGUGGGCCUCGCCAACAACCCCGGCACGGCACCUUCUGCUGCUAUCGGUUACACAACUAUCGACUUUGACAAGACCGUCGCACUGACGUCCGUGGCCGCCGGCACAGACUGCGACGUCGACGGCACACGCAAGAACAGACAUAAUUCUUGUAAUAUCAUUUGCGGGAGUCCAGCCAGUAAUGAUAAAAACAAAUUAAAUAGUUAAAUGCGCAUUUUAACUUAUCCACAGUUA